UGCUCCCUUAAUUACCCUUCAAUUCUUAGAACAGUUUUCUUGAGCCCCUUUUCUAGUUUUUUUCUUCCUUUCAAGUUCACUCUCUGAUCAUAACCAGAUUUUCCAGUUCAGUGAAUUCAGUAGCCAAAAAAAAAAAAAAAAAAAAAAAAACUGGAACUACGUACAACUUGGACAAGUUUGUGCUGCUUUCAAUUCAUCCUUCAUUACUGGUCCAGUCCAAGUGCGAAAAAGUUGCAGAGCUGACAUGGGAAAACCGACAGAUAGGAAUGCAUGGAGUUGGGGGCAUCCUCUCCAUGUCGGAAACAAAACCAACAACAUUGGGAAGAGCCGGUGAUACAUUAGAGUCCAUCGUGCAUCAAGCAACAUACCACGGGCAAAAUCAGACUUCAAUUCAAAAUUAUGACCAAAAUCAGAAUCUGAAAAUCGGGAUGUGUGUAGGAAAAUGGGGCGAGAGUUCGCAACAUCAAAUGGCGCCUGGAGCAACAGUGUUGGCUAAAAAGAGGAUGAGAUCAGAAUCUGAACCCCAAUAUUUUGGAAAAUUAGUAGGAGAAGAUGAGUAUGCAGAACGUAGCGCAUGUGCAAGUGCCAGCGCAACGUUCUGCAGGGAGAAUGAUACCACUAUGGUGACAUGGCCUUCAUUUGAUGAAUCUUCUCGUAGUAUUAAAUCCAAAACCACUUGUGACGAGGAUUCUGCUUGUCAUGAUGGUGGCUCGCAGGAAAACAAGGAGGAAGAACAUGAAACAAAAAGAUCCAACUCAUCAAGACGCAGCCGAGCAGCAGUUGUUCAUAACCAGUCAGAGCGGAGACGUCGAGAUAGAAUUAACCAAAAGAUGAAAGCUCUGCAGCGGUUGGUACCAAAUGCAAGUAAGACAGAUAAAGCAUCAAUGCUUGAUGAGGUAAUAAACUACUUAAAGCAGCUACAGGCACAAGUUCAGUUGAUGAGCAGUGUAAGAAACAUGGCGCCGCAAAUGAUGAUGCCGCUCGGAAUGCAUCAACAUAUUCAGAUGUCAUUACUAGCAAGAAUGGGCAUGGGCGUUGGUCUUGGCAUGGGCAUGGGAAUGUUUGACAUGACUGCUUUAGCUCGCGCUGCUGCUGCUCCUCCUCAUCAGUCUCUUACAACGCAUCCCCUCAUUCAUACAAAUCCGAUCGCCACUACUCCCACUAAUCCAUUCAUCCCAUCAGCCUUCGCCAUGCCUGCAGCCCCAGCUAUUCCUUCCGCCGCACAAGCUAAUACUGUCGGCAGGGUGACAACUGCUGUUACACCGGCCACCACUACUACCUCCAACUCUGCCCCUUUUACUGACCCCUAUAGCGCAUUUCUAACGCAAUCAAUGGACAUGGAGUACUUCAACAACAUGGCAGCUUUGUAUCGGCAGCAAGCUAAUAAUCACUCUACGCAAACAACAGGCAGCAAACUGAACCAGGGAAAUCUCAAUAUCCAAGGCCAAAGGGAAUAGAAUAUGACUGUUUAUGUUAUUUUAUGAAAUGAACUUCUUAUCUGUGGCUAUUAGAUGACAAUAUAUUGCUCAUCGAAUAUCUUUCUAGAGUGAUAUGUGCAAUUGUAUAAACUUUGUAUUUAGUCAAAUAUAAAUGGUUGUUUAAUGUACGUAUGUGUAACAAUUUCAA